UAUAUGGAUCUACAGUGUACACUAACCCCACCAUCAUGGGGUUUUGAAAGCAGAACCAUUCGUGUGUGGGACUCUGGAGGGUCCUUAAGAUAACCCCUCACGUUUUUUAUUUUCCCUCAUUUUCGUCCCUUCCUCUCUACUAAAACCCCCCCUUCCCCCCACAUCCUCUUCACCUCAUUUUCAUUCAUUUUUCUCACUCUCUCUGUGUCACUGUCAUUCAUUUUCACAUUCACACAUCAAACCCAAGAACUUUCUAUUCCUUAAAACAAUGGUCGAGCCUCCUGCGGCAGCAGCAACCUCAGAAUCAGACACAACAGGAAACACCAACACUCCUUCACCGUCUUCUUCAUCCUCGUCGUCAAGUUCUAAGAAGCGAGCAAGAGACAACAACAAUAAUAGUAACAGCAGCAGUAACAAGCAUUCUGUGUAUAGAGGUGUCCGAAUGCGCACGUGGGGGAAAUGGGUGUCGGAAAUCCGCGAGCCGCGAAAGAAGAACAGAAUCUGGCUCGGAACGUUCGCCACAGCCGAGAUGGCGGCGCGUGCGCACGACGUGGCGGCGCUGACGAUAAAAGGCUCCUCCGCCAUCCUUAACUUCCCCGAACUGGCGGCCACGCUGCCCCGGCCGGCCUCCAACUCCCCCCGCGACGUGCAGGCCGCGGCCGCCAAGGCGGCGUCCAUGGAGGCGCCGCCGAGGACCCCUCCCUCGCCGGCCUCCACGCCGGCGGAGGAUGACCUCGGCGAGAUUGUGGAGCUGCCACCGCUGGGAACGAGUUUCGACUCGCCCAUCGACCCGAUGAGUACCGAGUUCGUGUUCCUGGACAUGGACGACGGGUGGCCCUAUUCUCACCCAUGGUACCACGGCAUUUAUGAUGGUGGGUACUUGAUUAGCGACAUCAACAACAUGGUUUCAAUGCAAGAGUCAGAGAGCAUGCUUCUUUCCUUGUGGCCUUCAACUUAAGCCAAUGCUAUACUCAUUCCAGUAUGAUUAUUUUUGCGUCAGUGAUAUGAUUAACAGAUCAUCAUGCUUUGAUCUCUUUCUUAAGUAUGCGAUUAGAGGUUGAAUUUCCAAGUCCGUAUAUAUGAAAUAACAUUUAUCGGCCAACAUCAGUCUCUUGAAUGGACAUCAUGGCAUCAGAAAUUAAUCUUCCACUCUCCAUGGAUAUUCUGGGUUUAGUAUUUUUUUUUAUAAAUAUUUUCUCCUUUUUUUUUUCUGAAUUGCAUAGUAUAUUUAUUACUUAACCUUUCCAUGUGGACCCUUCGCCAAUUUUUCUUUUCAAGGGCCAUAAUAUAUAUAGUUUUUCUUGUUUCUCAAGUGAGCUACUUUGUGUUUGUAAUUUGUAAUUUGUAAUUACUUGAUUUGCCUGCUCUUUUCUCUCUCUCUUUCUUUUUGUAUUUUUUUUGUUUAUGAUCCUUGUCGUUGUAAUGAGCUCUAUACAUACAAUGCUAGUAGAGGAACUGGUGUGGUGGUUUUAUGAUGAUGAUGCAAAUGAAGUGAAAGAUACGUGUAGAAAGUAGUUCUAAGCUUACAUUAUAUAGUUCUGCUUUUAGAGGACAAGAAUAAAGGCUAAAGGAAGAUUCUCCAUUGGAGUUUU